UCAGCCAUCAGCACUUCUAACUUCCCCUCUUUUCCUCAGCUUUGCUUUAAAGGUAAAGCUACCCCAUGACAGACCAAUAUUAGACAAACCAAAAACAUAAGCAACCUAGGCACUGUCAAUGUCACAGGUCAAAUCCAAGGAAAUUGGUAUUUUGUAGUGCUGCACUUUUGAUAUGCCAAUGAAAAUUAAUUCAUUUUCAUCAUACUCCAUGGGUAUUUGUUUUGUAGCAUUACUAUGGAAUUUUCAUAUAGGUCUGAGUCCAAAAUACAAAACAGGAAACAAUGAAUUUUCCAUGGGUACUUCCAGAAAAAAAACAAUUCCAGCAGCAAUAUUUGCAUAUUUUUAUGCCAAAUACAGCAUUAAGAAUGAGAACAGAGCACAGCCUGUUUUACUUAUAAAUCCUCUUUUUUUCUUCUUCUUCUUCUUUUGGAAGGAUUGAUGGCUCCUUCCUCCUGCUUGUUUUAAUCUGUAAUUAACAGUUUUUCUUCCAAAAUAUGCAUCUGUAAACACCUAAUUAAGGUGCCUGCUCAGCUGGAAUGGAUUGCAGCAGGUAGAUUUUUUUUUUUUCUCUCUCUUUAUAUUUAAAACAGAAAGGACGUGUCCUUCAUUUCCAACACCAAUUUAUGUACUUAGCAGAGUGCAUCUUGGCAUACUGCUGACUGCUGCAGUCAUACAUAACAACAGGAAACAGCAAAGAAUAAGUACACAUUAGUUCAUGUAAGUCAAAAAUAGUCAACUAUUUUGUUACAGCACUAAAUCAUUACUGAAGUUAUAUAAAGUUUUUCUCUUUAGCUCUUUGACACACAGCCUAAAUAGAAUUUUGACUUAUAUAAGCAACCACUGCUAAUACAAAAUAACCAUGUCUGCACAAAUACAAUUAACUGUCACUUCUCUACUGUGACUGUCCAGCACUCCAGCAGUACCUGCACUCUCAGCCAGAUGGGUAGAUGAGACGGGUAUGGGAUUUACCAAAGCCAUGGAGGUUGGCAUGUGAGGCUGAGAGCAGGACCAUCCUUCCCUGUCUACAACUUCAAAUUGCAUGGCUACACACCCCAGAUGCCAAAACUGUCCUUGUCAGUGCGGGCCCAGAACAGCAAUAGCAGCCAUAGACAGAAAGGAUGUGGAGUCUGCCAGACGGUGUUACUGUAGCUGGCAUGGCCAGCAUGGACUGUGCUGCAUCUGUGUUUCACUGUGCUUUGUGCAGGAAGGUUGACACUGCUUGGGAGCACUUGGUUUAUUUGGCUUGCACUUCGUUGCUUAUCCACCACAGCUGUAACUGGAUAGGAUCCUCAGCACCCAAACACAUGCAUACUGCUCUCUGUUGAAUGUUUUUUGGGAAGGAUCUGGUGCCAAACUGAUACAGAGAGCAAGGUGUCAGUGAACUUUCCAAAGAGGCUGUGAUGCCCCAUGGGGUAUGUUCCUGUGAGCUUAUAGCAGGCAGUGCUGGAAGCGAAAUGCUGCUGCCUGCCACAAGGCCUGCACACCCUCAUCCCGCCAGCAGAGCAUUCACUAGGGCCUAUCAGGAAUGUCUAGUCCCAGCUUCUGCCUCUCUUCCUGCAUGUAACUUUCAUGGGUGUUGAGGCACUGGCACAGGCUGUCAAAAGAAGCUGUUCUGUCCCUGGAAGUGUUCAAGGCCAGACAGGAUGGGGUUUUAAGCAUCCUGCUCUGGAGUAAGGUAUUCAGGCAGGCAGGGGAGUUGGAACCAGAUAAUCUUUAAAGUUCCUUCCAACCCAAACCAGUCUAUGAUUCUAUGACUCUAUGUUGCCCCUCCACUGCCCACCCUCUACAGCCACUGUGCCCAAAACACUGAACCAGCUGCUCUGUGACAUCAGCCCUGGUGCAGGUACUGCAGGCAUUAGUUGGCGGCUGCACUGAAUGAGCCCUCCACUCCUUGCAGCUGAUACAUGCCACUGGCAUGUAUGAAUUAGCAUGUGAUGAAUUUGCUGUGCCUCCUUGUCCUGCUGGCCAUGUGCAGGUCUGUGCUCAGCAUAUGGGACACCUGUGGGUAAGUGGCCUCAGGCUCUUGCAGGCAGUUUGAACAACAUUUGAGGGGUUUUCCCUGUCCCCUCUGUCCACGCUACAGUUUUGUGAGCCCCAUGCAGGAACUUCAGAUCCUUGACAGUACACCCAGGCUGCUGCAUAACUUGUCCGUGAGGCUCAAGCAGAAAUAGGGUUGUCAGACACAUGCCUCAUGGGAUUCCCUGGCUCUGCUGUCUAUGCAAAUAAUGCUAUAUGGGGAGGGAAGUUCACUCCUUCAACUUGGGCAGCAGCAAGCCAUCAAGCAGGACAGCAAUGACUUUCUGUUUACAGAGGGAUCUGUGGUCUCUGGCCCAUGUCUGCUUUCCAUGGCCCUAUGGCAUAUGACUAUGACUCCGUGGCUCCAGACCAUAGCAAACUGCACAUUGUCAGUGGCACAGCUGUCCAGCCAGGAGCCUGGGCUGGGAUUGUCAGCAUCCAGGAUCCCCAGGAACCAGGCACAGGGCAUAUCUGUGGAGGGUCCCUCAUCAGCACAGAGUGGGUCGUUACAGCCGCCCACUGCUUCAUCAAUGCCAGGAAUAGCAACAUGUGGCACGUGGUGACUGGGGCCACCCGGUUGACUCAGCUGGGCCCUGAGGUGCAAGUGCGCCAGAUUAAGCAGGUACGGGUUCAUGAACACUAUACUCCUGGUGAGCAGAUGAAUGACAUUGCUUUGCUGAAAUUGGACCAGCCCGUCGUAUGCAGCCACUACGUACAGCUGGGCUGUGUGCCCAACACCACACUGAAAGUGUCGGAGCUGAAAACCUGUUACAUUGCUGGCUGGGGUUCUACCACUACAAGAGAAUACAGCUCUGUCAUGGGCUGUGAGGGAGAAGGAUAUAGCUCUAGUGCUGACAGCAGCCACCCAACAUUACUUUAUUCCCCUCUUGCUCCAAUGCAGGCUGACAGUGGUGGUCCUUUGGUGUGCAAAGAUAACAAUGCUGCCUUCUUCUGGCUUAUUGGUGUGACCAGCUGGGGAAAAGGCUGUGAGAGAGCAAACCAGCCUGGAGUCUACACCUCUGUUCAGCACUUCUAUGACUGGAUCCUGGUCCAGAUAGACCCGCAGCUAGACAAAAGGGCAUCAAGACAUUCUAUGACUGCCAUAAACCCCCCUCAGAAGCCAAAGCAAACACCAACAGCACUGGAUGAGUUUAGCUCCUCCCCAUUUUCAAUGCAGAAACUGGUUGAAUUUUUUACUCAGGUGCAUGAGCUCCUUCAGGUCCUAAGGAGAAAACUGGCAAGAGAAGCAGGAUGAAUAGGAUCCAGUGCAGGCUGCAGUGAACCAUGAUCAUUUUCUUUUGGGGCAACACCUGUUGAUCCAAAGGCAGCCUCAGUGCCUAAGGCCUGCUCUAUCCUGAUCAUGCUUCUCCUCUGUGUGCAUACAAAUCCUGAAUCUGAAUUUAGCUGUGGAAAUAAAGUUUCCUGAUUUCACUCUUAAUGGUGUUUUCAGUCUCCCACACAAGGCAAAGAUUUCCACACCUGGUACGUGCAAAAUUAGGCUGAGGACAGACAUCAGGCACAAUAGAAAAGAGACCAUCUAAAGGACUGAAACUCUGCCUGGUCAGAGAGGAGGGCAGGGGUGAAGUAGAAGAAGGGAACACAGGUGACAGAGCAACGGGGGACUUACAGAUCUAAGAAACAGCAGUUGGAGGUCCAUAAUGUCUUAGGCUGCCAUCUGGUGGGAUCCUUCUGUGUUUGUGUGUGUGGAGUGCACUGGGGAAGAAGUGGACUCUUUUAUGACCAAGGAGACAUGGUUUGUAGAAAGACCCAAGCUUUGCACUGAGGACUGGGUAAGGAACUUGACAUCCAGCCACCAACAGUACAUGGAUAAAUUUCAAUUAAUUUCUAUACUGUUAUUUGAGGACCACGCUGUGCUUAUUAAUAUAGGGAGUGAAGAUGUGUUCAUGUUUUACUAAGAAAAGAUCCAACCCAGAUCACCUUGAAAGGCAGAAAAGGACUGGACUGUGUUCAUGUUCAUGAAGAGGGUGGUUAUGGAUACUUGGGUGCUAGUAAAGGCGUUGCUCUAUCUAUGUCAACCUGGUUUGCUGUUCAUGGUAACUGUCUAAGUCUCUGUGUCUGUGUUGGUGUAUCUGGCUCUUUGGAAUGCACACAUGCACAAUUUUGUCUUUGAGGAAGCAGAGCUAUACCUAACAAAUAGUUCAGAGCUAUCAGCUCUCUGAACAACACUAUUCACCUCUGAUGUUCCAAAUAUGAAUUAUCAUACCAGCCAGAUAAAGUUUAUCCAUCUCAAGUAGUCUCAUCGUAUAUAAGCCAAGCUGAGAAUUCCUUGUUAUUGUUAUGAAAUGCAGAAUGAGUAACAAAUUGCCAUUAUUAUGGUAAUAAUAUCAUAACUAGUGGUUCUUAAGUAAAAUAUUAACUCUGGUAAUGUAAGGACUCUAGGGCUGAAUUGCACUGAAUUUUCAUUGCUAUUGGUUAUCUAUGCACUGAAAAAGAAAAUUCCUUUAGGAAAAUUAUGACUAAGACCUUUUUAAGAGCUUGCAUUUUGUAGCAGCUCUCACCUUCUUUUCAGUCUCAUAAAUAUAUGCAGUGUGAGUUGUGAAGAAACAUGAUGACAAUAAGUUUUUCUCAAGUAGGCUGACAUUAUUGCUCUAACGUUUUUAUUGCAGUAUAUGGAUGGAAAACUUCAAGCAGGAAAAAAAAAUCUAAUAAUCUAUUCAGAGAAGCCAUAAGCUACCAUUAUCCAGCAGUAUUACUGAGAUGCCUCUAAAUUGCAAAAUCCAUAGCAAGAGUGAUGCCAGACUGCAUUUUCCAUAAGGAACUGCAUUUAUUCUAUAAACACUUCCUGCACAUUUUUUUGAGCAUAUCUUAUUACUACAGGAGAUAAUGGCCACACUUCAUAUGUUUUUCUUUUUUUGAAAACAAAAACUAAACAGUAAGUUGCAGACUAAAACUAUUAAGAAAUCAUUCACUUGCCAAAAAUGAUUGUUCCUUGAAGCUUGAUUAUUUUCAUGUGCUCCCUACAGUAUAUUUUCUUAUAUUAUAUACUUAUAUAAUGUCACAAUAUGUAAUUAUAUGCUUUACUGUUGUAAUUUGAAUCCCUGGGUACUGUGUUAGCAAUAUUAGAUAUUACUAAUAUUACUGUGAUAGUAAUAUUAGAUAUUUUCUUUACCCACUGUUCUUUUAUGGCAUUUUUCAAAAAUAAUUCUUUCCCCAAUUUCUUUAGGAAAUCUUACUUACAAGCGUGGUCUCUACUAAAUAUUGUUAAUUUAAACAACCAGACCUGAAUCAUAAGAAGGGUUAAAGAGGGAGCAUGAGUGCAGCAAGACACAUUAUUUUUUUUCUCUCACACUACAUUUGCCUGUGCUCUUGGACAAGUCUCUGAAUUGCCUUUCUAGGGCAUCAUUAUAUAUGCUUAGCAGCAGGACAAAACACAGCACUAGCUGCUGGGAAUAAAAUCCCAGCCAAAGCUAGGAUAAAUGCAAUACAUGAAUUACCUGUUCUUGCAACAGUGAACAGUGAGAAUUCAGAACUGGAACUUAAAAUAUGAUUAAUUUCAGGUGCAAAACUACCAUGUUUUAAAGAAAAAAACCUGAAAAGAAACAAAACAUGCUAUGUCCUUCAGUAACCCACACUGAUAAUAAACAUGUUCAAGUAGUUUGAUCUGGACUAUUUUGUGUCAUGAUAUAUUUGAAAUCUGAGAUUCCUAUACGCUUUCACUGCAUAACCAGUAUCAAAAGAAGCCUCUAAGUUUACAGUGCUUUGGGUAAAGGCAUGUAGCAAAUUUCAGGGAUGAGGAGUAAUGUGCUCUGUUGACAUGUGAAUGGUGAUACAGAGCGAGAAAAAUAAAUAGUUAAGAAUAAAGACAAAGAGUAAGGAGAUAAGAAAUUCAUAGUAAAACCAAUAAUGAGAUACAUUUUAAGAAAAGUGUCUUGUUUUUGAAAUGACAAGCUGUCAUUUAGCACAGAACAUGUCAAUAACAUGAAAAACAUCCCUGGAUCAAAUCUUCCUUGUACAGAAAAACUGUAUUUAGCACUUGUGUACUGACACCCAUUUUCCUUUCUGAAAUGUCCUAUGUUUAUGUUAUGUUAACUUCUUUUUCUAAAAUUAUGUUGACCUUGUUUCCUUAUGAUGGAUCUUUACCAAUAGCAGGAUGCUAUGGAGUAUUCUACUGUCCAGUAAUUAAUUUGAAUGUCUUUGCACAGCGGUUGCAGGUAUGGUCCCUGAUGACUAUAUUUUCUACUCCCAUCUUCAGAGAAUCACAGAAUUGACUAGGUUGGAAUAGACCUUUGAGAUCAUUGAAACCAACCUAUAACUAAACACCACUUUGUCCACUAGACAAUAGUGCUAACUGCCAUACCCAGUCUUUCCUUUAACACCUCCAUGGAUGGUGACUCCCCCAUAUCCCUGGGCAGCCCAUUUUGAUACCCAAUCACCCCUUCUGUGAAGAAAUGCCUCCUAAUAUCCUCCCUUCAUGAACUAAACCUCCCAUGGCACAGCGUAAGACUGUGUUCUCUUAUCCUGUCACUGGUUGCCUCGGAAAAGAGCCCAACACUCAUCUGGCUAUACACUCCCUUCAGGGAAUUGUCGAGAGGGAUGAGGUCUCCCCUGAGUCUACUGAACAACCUCAGCUCCCUCAGAUUUGCACAG